AUGAAGUUGCUAAAACUCUUCUUUGCUCUAUCUGCAACCAUAGCUACUGUUGCAGUUCUGCAUUCAGAUCAUUACAGCGAAAACUCAAACAUGCAAAGUCAACUCUCAUUGCGUGAAAUUCAAGAAGCUGUAACUUCUUUACGAGGGGUUGGCCGCGUUCUUGCCCAGCAGAACCUGGUAGCCAAUUCGACAUGCAAUGAAUUGCCUCGCAUUUGUCGACUGAAGAGAAGUCCAGGGCCAGAUUGCUGCAAUAAGAAAUGCGUCGACGUUAAGACAGAUCGCUUCAACUGUGGAAUGUGUGGCUACAAGUGCAAGUACACUGAAACAUGCUGCAAAGGAACGUGUGUGAACCCAUCAUUUGAUAAAAGACAUUGUGGUGGAUGCAACAAGAAGUGCAAGAACGGGGAAUUUUGUGUUUAUGGGAUGUGUAGCUAUGCAUGA